CUCUGUGGAAGAAUUGACGAGAAUAUCUUAUGUCUAUUUGGAGUGAUGGGUUUCAGGCAAGUGUCUGCAGUGUCUGCAGUGCUGCUGUUGAUCGUGGCGUUUGGCUGUGUUAGUGAUGCUUGGAUCUCCAGAUGGUUUUAUCCGAGAUUGGGGUUUCUGCAUGACGGUGGAGUUUCAGCCCAGUUUGACACUCAGAAACCAGUGCAGGAGGACCCUGCGGGAGAGGACCCUGUGGGACAAGAACCUAGUGAGCCCAUUGUCGAGCCUGUGGGGCAGGAGCCCGGCAUCAAAACUAGCCAGGCUGAAGACCCUGAGAGCUUCCAGUCCAAGCAGACAUUUGAGAACCCUCUGACUUGGCUCUAUCCUUCGAUUGAGAAGCAUGAGUGCAAUUCUACAGUGUUUGAGUGGCUAAAGCAGGUGGCGGCCAACAGUGUGUCGGCUCAGUGUGGGGAGAGUGUGGUCCGUGUGGAGGUGAAACAGGAACUUCUGGGGAUUGGCCGGCUCGUCCAGCCAGAGUGUAUCACUCUAAGAUGCUGUGCUGCCAUUGAGGACGCUGAAGCUCUUGUGCUCACCUUUGAAUCAGAGCUGCAUGGCUGUGGCAGUGAGCUGACGAUGACUGAGGAUGUGCUGAUCUACACCUUCAGUCUUGUCCAUGAGCCAAAGCCUCUUGCUAACAUUUCUAUAUUGAACACAAGUAACGCUAUGGUUGAUAUUGAGUGCCACUACUUGAGGAAUCAUGAAGUGCGCAGCAAUUCCCUUAAGUAUGCUGUAGAACCUAGCAAGCCUGUGGGCCGGGAACCUAGCGUAGAGCCUGUGGGCCGGGAACCUAGCGUAGAGCAACCUAUGGGCCAUGAGCCUGUGGGUCAAGAACCUAGUGAGCCUUUGGGACAGCAGCCUGUUGGAGAGCAGCCUGUGGGCCAGGAACUUAGCCAGCAGCUUGUUGGCGAGCCUUUGGUACAGGAACCUAGUGAGCCUGUUGGAAAGCAGCCUGUGGGCCAGCAGCCUGUUGGAGAGCAGCCCGUGGGCCAGGAACCUAGCCAUCAGUCUGUUGGCGAGCCUUCGGGCCAAGAACCUAGUGAGCAUGUUGGGGAGCCUGUUGACCAUGACCCUGUGGGCCAAGAACUUAGCGAGCCUGUGGGCCGGGAACCUGUUGGAGAGCAGCAUGUGAUCCAAGACCCUGUGGGCCAUGAACUUGGAGAGCAACCUGUGGGUCAUGAGCCUGUGGGUCAAGAACGUAGUGAGCCUUUGGGCCAGCAACCUGUUGGCGAGCCUUUGGGUCAAGAACCUAGUGAGCAUGUUGGAGAGCCUGUUGACCAUGACCCUGUGGGCCAAGAAACUAGCGAGCCUGUGGGCCGGGAAUCUAGCGAGCCUGUGGGCCGGGAACCUAGUGAGCGUGUUGGAGAGCAGCCUGUGGGCCAGGAACCAAAUGAGAUUUUGGGUAAUGAACUUAGCGAGCCUGUGGGCCAGGAACCUAGCCAGCCUUUGGGCCAAGAACCUAGUGAGUAUGUUGGGGAGCCUGUGGGCCAGGAACCUAGCGAGCCUGUGGGCCAGCAACCUGUUGGAGAGCAGCAUGUGAUCCAAGAGCCUGUGGGCCAUGAACCUGGAGAGCAACCUGUGGGCCAUGAACCUGGAGAGCAACCUGUGGGUCAUGAGCCUGUGGGUCAAGAACGUAGUGAGCCUUUGGGCCAGCAACCUGUUGGAGAGCAGCCUGUGGGCCAGGAACUUAACCAGCAGCCUGUUGGCGAGCCUUUGGGUCAAGAACCUAGUGAGCAUGUUGGAGAGCCUGUUGACCAUGACCCUGUGGGGCAAGAACCUAGUGAGCCUGUAGGCCAAGAACCUAGUGAGCAGCCUGUUAGUGAGCCUGUGGGUCAGGAUCCUGGCAAGCCUAUGGGCCAGGAACCAAGUAAGAUUUUGGGUAAUGAACUUGUGAGCCUGUGGGCCAGGAACCUUAUCAAGCAGCCUGUGAGCCAGCAGCCUGUGAGCCAGCAGCCUGUGGGAGAGCAGCCUGUGGGCCAGCAACUUAGCCAGCAACCUGUUGGCGAGCCUUUGGGCCAAGAGUCUAGUGAGCAUGUUGGAGAGCCUGUGGGCCAGCAUCCUGUUGGAGAGCAGCCUGUGGGCCGUGACCCUGUGGGUCAAGAACCUAGUGAGCCUGUGGGAGAGCAGCCUGUGGGCCAGGAACCAAGUAAGAUUUUGGGUAAUGAACUUAGCGAGCCUGUGGGCCAGGAACCUAGCGAGCAGCCUGUGGGUCAGGAACCUAGCCAGUCUGUGGCCCAAGAGCCUGUGGGCCAUGAACCUGGAGAGCAGCCUAUGGGCCAGCCUUUGGGGCAAGAACGUAGUGAAGAUGUGGGCCAAGAACCUAGUGAGCAGCCUGUUGUCGAGCCUGUGGGCCAAGAACCUAGUGAGCCUGUGGGAGAGCAGCCUGUGGGCCAGGAACUUAGCCAGCAGCCUGUUGGCGAGCCUUUGGGCCAAGAACCUAGUAAGUAUGUUGAAGAGCCUGUGGGCCAGGAACCAAGUGAGAUUUUGGGUAAUGAACAUAGCGAGCCUGUGGGUGAGCCUGUGGGCCAGGAACCUAGUGAGCAGCCUGUUGGUGAGCCUUUGGUUCAGGAACCUAGCGAGCCUGUGGGCCAAGAACCUAGUAAGUAUGUUGAAGAGCCUGUGGGCCAGGAACCAAGUGAGAUUUUGGGUAAUGAACAUGGCGAGCCUGUGGGUGAGCCUGUGGGCCAGGAACCUAGUGAGCAGCCUGUUGGUGAGCCUUUGGUUCAGGAACCUAGCGAGCCUGUGGGCCAAGAACCUAGUAAGUAUGUUGAAGAGCCUGUGGGCCAGGAACCAAGUGAGAUUUUGGGUAAUGAACAUAGCGAGCCUGUGGGUGAGCCUGUGGGCCAGGAACCUAGUGAGCAGCCUGUUGGUGAGCCUUUGGUUCAGGAACCUAGCGAGCCUGUGAGCCAAGUACCUAGUAAGUAUGUUGAAGAGCCUGUGGGCCAGGAACAGAGUGAGAUUUUGGGUAAUGAACAUAGCGAGCCUGUGGGUUUACCUACAGGUGAGCCUGUGGGCCAAGAGCCUAGUGAGCAGCCUGUUGGUGAGCCUUUGGUUCAGGAACCUAGCGAGCCUUUGGGCCAAGAACCUAGUGAGCGUGUUGGAGCACAGCCUGUGGGCCAGCAACCUGUUGGAGAGCAGCCUGUGGGCCAGGAACCUAGCGAGCAGCCUGUGGGCCAGGAACCUAGCGAGCAGCCUGUGGGCCAGGAACCUAGCGAGCAGCCUGUGGGCCAGGAACCUAGCGAGCAGCCUGUGGGCCAUGAACCUGGGGAGCAGCCUGUGGGCCAUGAACUUAGCGAGCGGCCUGUGGGCCAUGAAUCUAGCGAGCGGCCUGUGGGACAGGAACCAAGCGAGCAGCCUGUGGGACAGGAACCUAGCGAGCAGCCUGUGGGCCUGGAACCUAGCGAGCAGCCUGUGGGCCAGGAACCUAGCGAGCAGCCUGUGGGCCAGGAACCUGGGGAGCAGCCUGUGGGCCAGGAACCUGGGGAGCAGCCUGUGGGCCAGGAACCUAGCGAGCAGCCUGUGGGCCAGGAACCUAGCCAGGACCCUGUGGGCUAUGAACCUGGAGAGCAACCUCUGGACCAAGAACCUAGUAAGCCUGUGGGCCAGCAACCUGUUGGAGAGGAGCCUGUGGGCCACGAGCCUGUGGGCCAAGAACGUAGUGAGCCUUUGGUCCAAGAACCUAGUGAGUAUGUUGGAGAGCUUGUGGGCCAUGAACCUGGAGAGCAGCCUGAGGGCCAGGGACCUAGUGAGCCUGAGGGCCAGGGACCUAGUGAGCCUGAGGGCCAGGGACCUAGUGAGCCUGAGGGCCAGGGACCUAGUGAGCCUGAGGGCCAGGGACCUAGCGAGCCAUUGGGAAAGGAACCAAGUGAGAUUUUAGGUAAUGAACCUAGCGAGCAGCCUGUGGGCCAGGAACCUAGCGAGCAGCCUGUGGGUCAGGAACCUAGCCAGCCUGUGGGCCAUGAACCUGGAGAGCAGCCUGUGAGCCAGGAACCUGUUGGAGAGCAUCCUGUUGGUGAACCUUUGGGCCAAGAACCUAGUAAGUAUGUUGAAGAGCCUGUUGGCCAAGAUUCUAGUGAGCCUGUGGGCCAGCAACCUGUUGGAGAGGAGCCUGUGGGCCAUGAGCCUGUGGGCCAAGAACGUAGUGAGCCUGUGGGCCAAGAACCUAGUGAGCCUGUGGGAGAGCAGCCUGUGGGCCAGGAACCUAGCGAGCCUGUGGGCCGGGAACCUAGCGAGCCUGUGGGCCGGGAACCUAGUGAGCGUGUUGGAGAGCAGCCUGUGGGCCAGGAACCAAAUGAGAUUUUGGGUAAUGAACUUAGCGAGCCUGUGGGCCAGGAACCUAGCCAGCCUUUGGGCCAAGAACCUAGUGAGCCUGUGGGCCAAGAACCUAGUGAGCAGCCUGUUGGUGAGCCUGUGGGUCAGGAUCCUGGCAAGCCUAUGGGCCAGGAACCAAGUAAGAUUUUUGGUAAUGAACUUGUGAGCCUGUGGGCCAGGAACCUUAUCAAGCAGCCUGUGAGCCAGCAACCUGUGGGAGAGCAGCCUGUGGGCCAGCAACUUAGCCAGCAGCCUGUUGGCGACACUUUGGGCCAAGAACCUAGUAAGUAUGUUGAAGAGCCUGUGGGCCAGGAACCAAGUGAGAUUUUGGGUAAUGAACUUAGCGAGCCUUUGGUUCAGGAACCUAGCGAGCCUUUGGGCCAAGAACCUAGUGAGCGUGUUGGAGCACAGCCUGUGGGCCAGCAACCUGUUGGAGAGCAGCCUGUGGGCCAGGAAUCUGUGGUCCAGCAACCUAGAGGAGAGUCUGUGGGCCAGGAACCUGUUGGUGUGUCUAGCCAGGAUGAAGACCUUGAGCGCUCCCAGUCCAAGCAGACGUCUGAGAACCCUUUGACUUGGCGCUAUCCGCAAGUUGCAAAGCCUGAGCACAGGCCUACUGUGUCUGAGCGGCUGAAGCUGGUGGCGGCCAACAGUGUGUCGGCUCAGUGUGGGGAGAGUGUGGUCCGGGUGCAGGUGAACCAGGACCUGCUGGGGAUUGGCCGGCUCAUACAGCCAGAGCGUAUCACUCUAGGAGGUUGUGCUGCCACUGAGGAGGACGCUGAAGCUCAUGUGAUCACCUUUGAAUCAGAGCUGCAUGGCUGUGGCAGUGAGCUGACGAUGACUGAGGAUGUGCUGAUCUACACCUUCACGCUUGUCUAUGAGCCAAAACCUCUUGCUAACACUUCUAUAGUGAAAACCAGUGCAGCUAUGGUUGAUAUUGAGUGCCACUACUUGAGGAAUCACGAUGUGAGCAGCAAUGCCCUGAAGCCAACCUGGAUCCCCAACAUUUCCAACAUGGUGGCAGAGGAACUCUUCUACUUCUCCCUGAGGUUCAUGACUGCUGACUGGCAGUUUGAGAGGCCCUCCAACCAUUACUAUCUUGGUGACAUCAUCAACAUGGAAGCCUCGGUCAUGCCGUACCACCACGUUCCCCUCCGUGUCUUUGUGGACCGCUGUGUCGCCACCUUGGCGCCUGAUGUCCACACUGUCCCUAGAUAUUCUUUCAUUGAGGACCAUGGGUGUCUGGUUGAUGCCAAGUUGACCGGCUCCAGCUCCCAGUUCCUGUCCAGAUCCCAGGAUGACAAGAUCCAGUUUCAGCUGGAGUCCUUCAGGUUCCAACCACAGAAUGAUUCCCAACAGCUCUACAUAACAUGUCAUCUGAAAGCAUCUGCAGCCUCUUCCCCCAUUGAUGCUGAGAACAAGGCCUGCUCUUUCACAGAUGGCUGGAAGGCUGCAGGUGGGGAUGACCUGGUUUGUGGCUGCUGUGACUCAGGCUGUGCUGUGAGCAAGGCUAGAGAUCUGGACAGUGAUUUAGAUAUGCAGAAGGAAGGUGAAGCUACCUUGGGCCCUAUCAUGGUCCAAGAGUAAUAUUACAAGAAUCUUGCCUAUUUUUAACUUUUUGAGGAGAAUAAAUCUGUUACAAUGUUCA